GAGUCUGGCCUCAACCACCCAACCCUGAGUCAGCCUCACAUUCACAGGGCUUCACUACUUAACUGUUAUCUUUCCCUCUAAACCGGUGACGCAUUUGUUCACCUUAUAUGAGGUCGCUCUGGGAGGCAACCCUGGAACAUGGACACUCAAUCCAUGUCCUCGUGUGAGGUCGCUCUUUCUCCUUCAGCAGGUGCUCCCUUGACGCCUUCCAAAAAGCGGAACUAUCAAGGACUACUUCUUCACCAAGUACCUUUUGACUCUUGUGUUCUUUCUGGGGCCUCUCCAUCUGUAUCAGCACCGCGGGAAUCAUCUCCCGGCAGCCCCUUGUCUGACCUAGGAACAACCCCUGGCACGAGUCCACAAAAGGACAAGACGAUGGCGCCUGAUCCCAAGAAACGAAAACUUACAUUUGCUGAGCGAGAGGUUGAGAAAGUCAUCAAGAGACAAGAAAAAGAACAAAAAGAAAAGGAGAAGCUCGAAGCAAGGGCUGCAAAAGAUGACGAGAAACGACGCAAAGAGGAAGAGAAGGAUGCCGCUCGCAAGGCUCGGGAAGCUGUGAGAGAAGAAAGAAGGAAAGCCAAGGAUGCCGUUCAGCAAGAAAAGGAGGCUGUGAGAGAAGAAAAAAAGAAAGCCAAAGACGCAGUUCAGCAAGAGAAGGAAGCCGAGAAGAAGCGCAAGGAGGCUGAAGUUCUCAAAAAGCAACAAUCACAAAUGAGGAUCGGUGCAUUCUUUGCUCGCCCAGCUUCUGCUUCGACACCACCUACUACACCAGAUAUUCAUUCAACCGGCCCUGUCAGCAGGAGAUCAUCAACUGCCUCCAUCGAUAGUGAUAUGCCUCUGGCCGGCACGGAUACUCCGGUCAAAGCCACCAAUCCUGAAUUCAACAACUGGAUCCUGCCCUUCUUCGUGAGCGACCUUGCCGAAGUAGCACCAUUCAACCGCUUUCAUCGCAGCGCCGGACCCCUCGGUCAUGCCGAAUUCCCGCUCAAUCAAGGCACAGUACCUGAACCUCUUCGCUCAAGGUUUCGCCAAAGACAACGCAGACGGCCGAUUCGACCGGUCAAGGCCAUUAUGGAACAGCUUGCUGUCAUCUCAACGUCCGUUGACGAUGUGGUUGACGAUGAUAGCUGUCUUGCAUCAGUGCCGUACAAAUAUCUUCAAUUUCGCGAAGACGUUCGUCCGCCAUAUCAAGGAACCUUCACGCGGGCAGUCUCAUCAAAAUGUUCAUAUAAAUUAGCGCGAAACCCUGUGCAUCGUGGACUGCCAGAUAUCAAUUACGACUAUGAUAGUGAGGCGGAAUGGGAAGAGCCCGAGGACGGCGAUGACGAUCUGAUGGAUGAGGAUGAAAUGUCGGAGGACGAAGCCGGUGAAGAUGAGAUGGAUGACUUUCUAGACGACGAAGCCGAGCCAGUCAAGCGGCGCUUGCUUGUUGGUGAAUUGGAGGCCAAGUCGAGUGGAGUAUGCUGGGAAGGAUCUGGCGUUCAGCCUGAAAACCAAUUCGAUCUGUCAGUAUAUCGCAUGGAUGUCCUUCACGAUGCAACUUCUCUACCCAUCGACCCGUAUUCGACCGUGCAUUGGAGUGACAUUGGCAAGCCAAGUCCCAAGAAAAAAGAGAGCAAAAGUUCCGGAUCUGGAUCUGAGAUGCAGCCUCCACGACUGCCACUUAUGACACUGGAUGCAAACACAGGAAAUUUGAUGCCACCAAGGGGCACACUCGGGACAGCCACUGAAGACGACAAGCCUGCGAAGGCUUUAGCAGGAGCCAAAGCCAAGAGCGGCACCAAGGCGGUCAAGAUGGUUCCGUCGGAUGUCCUCCCUGCGUUCAGAGCGGCAGUGGAGGGCAGCACAUUGUCCAAGGUUGGAUUGAUCGAGGUGCUCAAGGACCAGUUCCCUAAAUGCCCAAAGGACGCCAUCAAAGACACAUUGACUUCGAUCGCGGUGAAGCAGGGAGGCAAAGACAAAAAGUGGAUUUUGGUCUGAAUGGCAACUCUCAACAUCAGCUUCGGUGUGUUCUUUCUGGAAAUUGCAUGAUAUUAUUACAUGAAAUGAGUGUCAUGGGCUUCUGUUGGAACAUUUGUUGAAGUCAAGCUUAGAUGUUGCAUUCGGGUUCCAUCAAGACAUGAAAGAAGUCGAACAAUCUGGUUACGGGAACAGAAAGCAUGAAAAAAGACCAAAUCAAUAAUACUUGUAGCCGAUGAUGGUGGAUGUUUGCAAGCAGAGAG